UAUCGAUGGGCCGAUAACACCUUCCUAUCAGCUUCUUUUGUCUCCUUGUCUGUAGGCUAUUAUAUCCUCCGAGACCUGACAACAGUGUGUUCCAUAUCAGCGUUUCUGAGCAGGUGGAGUCCUCUGGGUGGGUGGCAAUCAGACACUGCUGUCCCAAUAAGGGGUAUUAUAGUCCCAACAAUAGGGUCCUGAAAGUUGCAACAAGAUCAAUUCUUGCCCAGGAUGUACAUGACCCUCUUUGUGGAGGGAAUUGUAGUGUUAGGGUUUGGCUGUGAAACAUGUGUUUAUGUGUGUGUCUGUGUGCACGCAUGUGCGUACAUGUGAGAAGGUGGAGCUUCUGCCAUUCACCUCCUCAAGGGGAUGAUCACCUGAAGUAUGUCAUUAAGAGGCCAAAACCAUUGCCUGCUUAAAACUGUUACUCCCAAUCUGACAAACUCAGAGUCUUUCAGACCGAGGAGCAGGAGGAACAAAAAAAACAAUGGUUGUAUUACCAGUUUUGUUCCUAUUGGGGUCGCUGUUUCACUGUGGUAGUGCAGAGGACGGGCAGACCAUUGGUGAACUGCUUAAAAAUGAUGCACUCAGUUGGGAGGGACCUAUGACCUGCAAACAGUGGGACUGCGAAUGUGUCUACACUCGCCAGCGCGGCUGCUGCUGUGCAGCCAACGACAUGUUCCAGUUAGAGGAUGAUAUUUUCAAAAGGAUUCAUUAUUUGUGGCACAAUAUCAGCACACUGAAGUACAGAGUGCAUGACUACACAGAUGGCGUCCAGAUCGCCUUCAAAGCCACCAUGGAUCCAAGUGUUGCCACAAUGACUCCUGGAACUACUGACUCUGAUUCGUGCUUUGGUCCUUUUAAUACUAAUGUGCCAAUCCCCUAUGGCAAUGUCGCUCUUAACCACUACCAUGGAUAUAACCCUUCCAUGGGUGUCUUCACUGCCCCAUAUGCCGGUGUUUAUGUCUUUUCCAUCACUGUCUACUCAUACGUGAAGGAGAGAAACCUCCUCUACCAUAAAGUCCAGCUGAUGAGGAAUGGGGUGGCGAUGACCAGCGUGUGGGAGAACAAUCGAGAAGAUUUUGAAGACAACGCCGUUCAGGAGACUGUAAUGGAGCUGCAGAAAGGCGAUCAGGUCUAUGUUGAGCUGAUGUCUGGGAGGAAGCUCUGUAGAUACGUGCAGUACAAUAUCUUUACCGGUUACAUACUGUACCCCUACCCCUACCCCUACCAUGAGGAGUAUGACUAUGAGUACGAGUAUGAGUAUUAAACUUUCAGACUGCAGCAUAUUAAAUAAAUCCAUUUAUCUUCGCUCAACUCAGAUCCUGAUUCAUGACAACAAACUAGUGUUCUCUGUCACAUGCUGACCCACCAGAAGUAGGUUUGUGACCCACCGUGGGACAAACCUGUAGAUUAACCCCUGCAGUAGAGAGAAACAUGAUAAGUUGCACACGCGUAGACUGGUGCAUGUGUAUGCAGGCACUUGUGAUUAAACACAAAGACGUGCACACUUAUACUUUUGCAAGCAUGUUUGGAAAUAUCCACAUUAUUAAAAUAUUAUAUAUAUAUUAUAUUAUAUAUA